AUGCAAAAGGUUUAUGUCGAAUCACGAGGACGAAGCCCUACACGUCGGAGCCCGAGUAGGAAAAACAACAAAGACCGGGACCAGAAGGGAUCCAAAAAAGCAAAUGACACUCGUGAUAAAAGGUCGGAAGACCGAUCACCAAGGAGGAGGUAUGACGAUUAUACACCGCUGAACGUGUCCAGAUCCAAGAUAUGGAAAGAGGUAGCACAGACCGAAAUGCGCAAUGUCGAGAGACCUCGACCCCUCAAAGCCAAGUUCGGAUUAGAUAGAAGCAAAUACUGCGCAUUCCACGACCAAAACGGUCACUUUACGGAUGAUUGCUGGGACCUCCGAGAUGCAAUUGAAAAGCAUGUCAGGGAGGGAAAAUUAAAGCAGUAUAUCAUCCGAACACAGGGCAAGAAAAGUAAUAAGCGCAAGCAAAGAAGCCGAAGCCGAAGUCGAAGCCCAAAGAGAGACGAUCGAAAGGACCAAAGACAAGACCGACCUUCCAAAGGCAAAGAGGUCGAUGAAAAGGACGAGGCUUUUCCUGAAGCCGAAUUCGAAUGCAACGUGAUAAGUAGAGCUCUAGGUGGGGGAGGAGACUCGGCUAACGCCAGAAGAAGGUACCUAAAAGAGGUCAUGUCGGUAAGAGACAGGCCGACAUUCAAAGAAAAGGACAGCAAACCGGCUCCCCCGAGACUGUUCUUCACUCAGGAGGAACUAGCAAUGGUUGUACCCGGACACACCGACGGAUUGGUGAUCACCGGAGUGCUAGUCAAUUGCCGAGUGAAGAGAAUCUUUAUCGACCACGGAAGUUCAGCCGACAUAAUUCUCUGGGACGCUUUCCAGAGGAUGAACCUCGACGAGAAGGACUUAAAACCAUGUGUCACUGAGCUGGUCGGGUUCAAUGGAGCGACGUCCCCUCCAAAAGGGUACAUCGACCUAAAGUUGACCUUGUGCACGAAGGACUCGUUCCGAUCUGGAAGGGUUCGUUUCGUUGUGGUGGACACCUCGUCUUCCUAUAACGUAAUCAUUGGUCGGCCCACAAUCCAUGAAUGA